CCGCGCCAUGGCGCUGUGCGAGGCGGCGGGCUGCGGGAGCUCUCUGCUGUGGCCGCGGGUGUUGCUCUUCGGAGACUCCAUCACCCAGUUUUCUUUCCAGCAGGGUGGAUGGGGAGCAUCACUGGCUGACAAGUUGGUCAGAAGAUGUGAUGUUCUGAAUCGUGGAUUUUCAGGUUACAAUACCAGAUGGGCCAAAAUUAUCCUUCCAAGAUUAAUCCGGAAAGGCAACAGUUUGGACAACCCAGUAGCAGUUACAAUUUUCUUUGGUGCCAAUGACAGUGCAUUAAAAGAUGAGAACCCCAAGCAACACAUCCCUCUGGAUGAGUACGUCUCGAAUUUAAAGAGCAUGGUGCAGUACCUGAAGUCUGUGGAUGUCCCUGAGAACAGGGUCAUUCUCAUCACUCCGCCCCCUCUCUGUGAGACCGCGUGGGAGAAGGAGUGCCUCAUGCAGGGUUGCAAAUUAAAUCGCCUGAACUUGGUUGUUGGUGAAUAUGCCAGUGCCUGUUUACGAGUAGCCCAAGACUGUGGGACUGAUGUGCUUGACUUGUGGACCCUGAUGCAGAAGGACAGUCAGGACUUUCCGUCCUAUUUGUCAGAUGGACUACAUUUAUCACCAAAGGGAAAUGAGUUUUUGUUUUCCCAUCUUUGGCCUUUGAUUGAGAAGAAAGUCUCUUCCUUGCCUUUGCUGCUCCCAUACUGGAGAGAUGUAGCAGAAGCAAAACCAGAACUAAGUCUUCUUGGUGAUGGAGAUCAUUAGUCAGUCAGAGAAAACCAAGUCUGGCUGUUAAUUUACAGAAUGAGAAGUCACCGAUGUGCAACGAUCCCAAGAUAAGCAAUCAAAGAAUAUUUUUUGUUUCAAGAUUAAACCUUUCCUCAUGACCCUGGAACAAGAAAACGCUAACAUCUGCCACCAAGAUUAAUAAAAGCAUUAGAAUUUUUCAGGGAAGCUUUGUACCUAGGUACAUUGUAUUUUGAUAAUAAAUAUUUAUUGAUUGA